UCACUAUAACACAUUAUUGUUCCUUCCCCGUCCCGCGCGAUCUAUUUCAUUUCUCACGCAAGCGCAAUAAGUACUUCGGGCAUGAACAGGUCUGCUUAAAACACGGACUACGCGUGAUAGGUAUACGCUAAUACGCUAUAAUAGCUCUAUCCAGUGUAUAUUGUGAUCCAAGAUUUUUUCAAAGAUAACUUUAAGGUCUAUCAAUGGUGAUAACAAUUUAACAUAGAUAAUAUUAUCACACAUAAACAAAUUAAAAGUGAUAAUAAAAGUAUAAACAUUUAACACAAAUAAUAUCAAUCUUGUAUAGUUGAAUCCACGGUCUUAGAAGAUUUUUAUUUAAUAAUUGAUCUAAGGUUGAACCUAUAUAGCAUUCAUACCUCAUGUCAUCAUUAAAAUUAUUGUAAACUAUUUUGUUUGUUGAACAUUUUAUUUUCUAGUUUUCGAAUUUUCUGAUGUACUCGCAAGACUUGAUCACUUGUUUAUUGUUCAGUACUAAAGCUAAUGAUAUUAUGCUAUAAUAAUCACAAAUUAUAUUUUUAAUUUUAGAAAUUUUUAGUCAUAUCACAGAGUAUAAUAUAAUCUGUAGCAGUAUAAAAUAUUAUAAACCACUAAUUUAUAUUAUUUUAUAGAUUUUAAUAAUGAAUUAUAUGCACAUUGUAGAACCAUUAAUAUAAAUACUUUUCUUACUUUCUUGUGCUAAAUUGUGUUUGCUACUGGUCAUUCAAUUUAAAUCAACAUGUCUGGUAAUGAUGAAUAUGUUGAUGUUAUGACAUCCAGUCCACCUCUUACAACUAGGACAACCUUACAAAGUUCAGGAAUGAAGAAGAAAAAAGUAAGAAAUAAUAAAGACAAUCCUGGGUCAAGUGACGAAGAACGAUGGUUAAAAGCCAUUGAAACGGGUAAAUUGGACGAAGUUGAUGAUGAGUUAAAGAAAAUUAAAAAAAAGGAUCCAAAAAUGAUGACAGCUAGACAAAGAGCAAUGUUCGACAGAAAGUCUGAUAAGGAAUUCACCGAAGAACUGGUUGCAUUGCCUUCUGGGUAUCGGGAAAAAGUAUUAACUCCAGAAAUGUUGCAAAAAAAAGCUAUUAAAUCACAAAAAAGAAAACAACAAGCAGAUGAAAAAAGGGAAAAAGAUAAAAAACGUACCAUGGACAGAUUGUUGAAAAAACAUGAAAGCAAAUCCAAAAUAAAUGCUAAAGGGCGGAUGACAAGAAAGACUGUUAAUAAUAUUAUUUACAUUAGUAAAAAUGACAAACUGUCUCUACUGUUUCCAGAAGGUGUUGAGUUUCCUCUCAAAAAAUCUUUAAUUAAACCUCCACCUGCUCAAAAAAUGUGUGGGGUAGACGGCUGUGAAAAUCCUAAGAAAUAUUCAUGUUCUCGAACUGGUGUACCAUUAUGUAGUUUACAAUGUUAUCAUGCAAAUCAAUUAAAUAUUUGGAACACUGUAUGCUGAAUGCUGAUUAAGCAUAUUUCAUAUAUUAUGAUGGCCUUGCUGGUGGUAUCAGUUUUUUUAAUUCGGAGUCAAUUUUUCGGUCAACCAACACUUUGAUCAAAAAUUCACCUUGUUGAAAUGGUUUGAAGGUAGCCGGUACUAUUACAUAGCUACCCAAUGUAGACACUACAAAUGUUUCGGAGAUCACUUGUUUUGCCUUGAAUGCUCCUGAACUACCUUCUGGUUCAGUACACAAAAAAUACUCAGCUCCUAAUGUUUCUUUUUGUUCAAAGUCAUUCUAAAAAAUAUGUUUGUACUAUAAUCAUUUCAAAGUGAUAAUAAUAGUUAAUAAAUAAUAAAUAACAGUUAA